UUAUAGACCCUGCAACUAAGAUCAAGUGUGUGGAUGAAGUCAGAUCGCUUCUGCUUUCACGCCCGCCCCCGACCCCAACUAUAAUAAAGCCUGGGUGAGCCACUUAAAUAGCAGAGCCUUCAUACAGCUGAAUCAUCGGCCCACCAGCCCUGGGAGGAGGGGUAAUUAAUCUGCCUAUUUAGGAGGGGCUGCAUUGCGGAGACAGACAGACACAGGCGCACACUCACACCCAGACAAAAGCAAGGCAGAAAAUUCUGCAAGCCUGCCUGACGCCCAGCUGCAGCAGAAGACGCUUUCGGCACAAAGAAGACCCUGUCAGCUGGGUUAGCAGCCACCAGAUCCAACCCUUCCUUAAAACAGGCGGAGAUGCUGGACACGGCGAACAGCCAGUACAACUCCUUCCUCUACUGGAGAAUGCCCCUCCCGGAGCUCGACCUGGCGGAGCUGGAGGGGCUGGGGCUGACCGACGCGGCGCUCUACAAAGCCACGGGAGGCGUAGGCAAGCGGGCCGGGGACUGGAAGCAGCUCAGGCAGGACAUCUCCGAGGAAGAGGACACGCUCCUGCAGUUCAACAGCUUCAACUUCUGGCGCGCGCCGAUAGCCAGCGUGAGCGCGUUCGAUUUCGAUCUGGUCUGAUGCCAGCGGCCCAGGCACACAACCCGGGUCUUUUUGGUUAGGUCUCUGUGUUGUCCUUUUCUUUUAAAGUGGUUGUUGACGAUGCUGAUUAACGAGUCGCCCAGCGAUGACACCUCCAAGGCUCAUCGUCCGUGUUUCCCCAUCCACCCACCUUCUCUCUUCUCAAGGGUACACAGUCAGAGCAGGUGUAGGCACACCUGAGCUAGCGUUACUCUGGCUAGCGUGGGUAACCAUCGCAGGGUAGAUGUGGCAGGCGGGCCAUUUGUCCGAUUUUAAGCCGGGCUGUGCUGUUUUUCUGUGGUUGGGUCUCUGUCCAGCACAGGGAUAAAGCCAGACAUGGGUUUGUCCGGUCUCAGGAACAGAGGACAUCCUGUUGAAGAGUGCACCACUCUGCCCCUGCCCGUGUGACUGGGGGAGGCUUCACUGCCCCUGCCCGUGUGACUGGGGUCAGGGGCAGUGAAGCCUCCCCCAAAGUGGGGGGGGCAAGGACCCCUACCCCCUCCGUGGCACCGCCCCUGCCCCUCCUCUUCUCACCAAGACCCCACCCCUGGCCAAGCCAGAAGUGGGGCUGGGGAGCCCGGGCCCCUCCACUUGCCCAGGGUACAGGGGGCUUGAGAGUGGCCCCUGACCCUUGUUCCCACCCAUCCCCCAAGCCCUCUGCCCCGGGCAGGUGGAGGAUCAGUGGCUCCCCAAAGCUGCCCAGGCUCCCCUGGGCUUCUGUUUCUGGUCUGGCCAGGGGGCGGGGCCUCGGGGGAAGAGGAGGGGCAGGGACAGGGCCCGUGGCAAAAAGUGGCCCCUGGCCCACCCUGUUCCAGCGCCCCGACUGGGGUGCUCUUCAACAUGGCCACGCCACAGGGGCAGUGUCACACAGCUGGGGUCGGCCCCACACCAUUCCCAGAAGUACUGGAACGUCUGGUAUUUCUGGGGAUGCGUCAGUGGCCCCCUUAACCUCUGGUGGCCCAGGCUAGCCACCCCAGUACUAGCCUGCCAGAGUCCCAGGCUGCCUAUUCGGGUCGCCAGCCCAUGACGAAGUCCAUCUCACCCUUUUCUACACUGCUCUUGUUACUCACGCUGGCUCGACCAAAACGAGCCGGGGCGUGCCGAGCCGCACUGCAGUCACACUUUCACGGGCCCGUGCUGAGCUCAGGAGUGAUGGAAGCCACAGUCAGUUUGUCUUGGUGUGAGCAGGCCUUGUGCCAUAGCUCUGACCAUACCUGUGCGAGAACAUGCUAGAGAACCACCAAGCAGCGGUCGGAUUUGAGCUCAUUCCUGCUGUGUUUUAUUAAGAAACGUGCGUGCAAACAGAAGACCACCUCACCUGUCCAAAUUCUCCUCUUAGCGAAGUCCGAUCGCAUUGCCCUGGGGCGGCGGACACCCCUGCUUCUCUAACCUCCUCCUCAUUUUUCCAACCUGCGCUCAGUUCCCCCACCCUUUCCAUUUAGAUACUCAAGGUUUCUCUGCCAGACAUCGCCAGCGGGCCCUUUGUUCUGCUCAAUUCAGAUCAGGCGCAAGGCUCAUUCCUGAAGAGUCCCAGCUUCGCCGCCUUGUGCGUCCAAAACCACACAGCAAAGAGAAAACCAUCAGCGUGAGAAUGUUGCAAGGAACGUAGAUACAUUUUCAUUAGGAUGCCGAGAAAUUUCUGGGCCAGAGCCUCAGGAGGUGUUGAUGGAGCCGGUUUCCACCAGCUGUAGAUUUGGCCUAUGCGGCCUGACCCACUAAAACCAAAUACAGCCACCACAUCAGUUUUGCCUUAAAGACUUGGGGUUAACUAUUGCUCGGGCUCCCAUCCCCUGAGAUUCCUGCCACACUGAACAUGGGUUGCAUGUGGGCUCUGAGGACCCGAUUCUGAUGGCCUCGCAGUGCCUCACGCCACGAGCCAGGCCUGCAUUGGCCUUCUAAAGCCAGGGGGCAACGUGUUCCUCAGCGUGAGGACGGCCGUCAGAACCGACCCUUAUGGCUGGCUCCUGCUGCCCGUAUCACAGGAGAGCCACAGGGUGAAUCCUCUCGCUGGUGAGCAUCCGAUUCCUCCCCACUGGAAUAUUUUGGGGCUACGUCUGAGUAGCCACUCGCCAGUGGGACGAAGGCCUCGGCAGCCUGCUCGCCAGAGCCACAAGAAUCAUAGGACUGGAAGGGACCCUGAGAGGUCACCUAGUCCAGUCCCCUGCUCUCAUGGAGUAUUCGGAUACUCAUGGGGCAGCAAGAGGAUUAGGCAUUGUGCUUUACCCACCCUGGCUUCACGGGCGGCUGUGGGGUCCGUCAGCCCCGCCCUGCUACUCCUGCCUGGCGCCAGGCUUGGAGCGAGGGGAGAUCCCGGCUCAGAUGAAGGCCGAUUGGGGAGGAGAGCAGAUCUCCAGCUGUGAGAGGGCAGCUGAGCCUUCCAGAGCUCAGCCUAGGGAAAGGCAGGAGAGUUGUGGGACCAUGUCGGGGUCUGGGUCAGCCGUGAAUGACCUGACCCUGCUGCUGAGUUACUCUGCUGCAAGUGGUGCCCUGCCUGAAGGGGGCGACUCUUGGGAAUCGACCUUUUGUUUCCUUACACCUGACUGCGGACCUAGCGCUGACUUGUCCGGAGCCUAGAAGCAACCUGACCGAAGCUGCCUAGCGCCUAUUGAUUUCAAUGGGGGUUAGGCACCUAAAUACCUA